AUGCACAGAUGGACGGUGGGGUGUAAACGGCCAGACCGGGUGUGCGGGCUUUACCUGCGAGUGUUGCUGUGGCUGGGCGGGGUGAGCGGGGCCUGCGGAGGGGUCGGGGCCUCCGACGAGCCCUCGGGACUGUCCGACUGCGCCAAGCACGAACGCACCACUCGGAACUACGACUACAUGGAGGGCGGGGACGUGCGAAUCCGCCGCCUCUACAGCAGCACGCAGUGGUUCCUCACCGUGGACGACAGCGGCAACGUCAACGGCACGCAGGACCCCAGCAACGGCUACAGUAUCCUGGAGAUCCGGACCGUCUCCGAGGGGGGCGUCCUGGCCAUCAAGGGGGUAAAAAGUCAGCACUACAUCUCCAUGAGCAGGUCUGGGGUUCUGCAAGGAAAGAAGGAGUACAACGACAGCUGUAACUUCAGGGAGCUGUAUCUGGAGAACCACUACAUGGCCUACAUGUCGGAGAAGUGGACUAAAAGCGGGAAGGGCAUGUUCAUCUCGCUGUCGCAGAAGGGGCGGCCGCUGAGGGGCAAAAAGACCCGCAAGGAGAACAGCGCCUGCCAUUUUAUCCCUCGCACGUGUAAGGAGGACGACCGGACGCUGGCCUGACGGACACGCCCCGGCGCCGUCACGCUCCCCGGGCGUGGAAGCGCACUUUCAUCCUGGCGUGAAUUAUUUCUAACAUAAAAGAAUUAUAAUAAUAAUAAAAGCUGUAAUAUAAACGAGGAGACGAGUGUUAACGGAGGCGAGAUUCUACUGUACAGACACGUGAAGCGUGAGACGAGAGAGACGCAUCAUCAGGACUUUACGCUCG